ACGCUGGCCGCCACAUUACUAUUACUACUACUAUCACUACUGCUGUCUCACGCUCGCUCUUCUCGCUCGACCUCAUCGUCGUAUCUAAAAAUACAAAGACGAGCGGCGAGUUCCCGCUCGGGCGUCGAAGCUGAGCGAAAAUGCUACCUUGAGAUUUAGUUCUGAUCGUUUUCUUGUGUUCCAAGACUAAAAACUCGGCUGUUGUUGUGGUGGUAGUGGUGGUGGGUGGUGGUGCUGUGACACGAAGUGCGCGACCGAUAACUCAACAAAAGGCUGUCCUUGAUGCAAGAGUUCAAGUCGGCGCGCGACAGCGCGCAACCUCGUUAAAAGCGAGAGCAAUCGAGCGAGUGAGAAAGCACAAGAUUAAACGCCACGCGCGCGAGAGGGAGAGAGCGAGAGAGAAUAGCCGCGUGCGUGCGUGCUCCGUAAGAACAUAGCGAGCGAGCGUAGAGAUUCCGUGCGCGCGAACUUGUUGAGCCAGAGCAUCGAGCGCGGCGCGGUGCCGGCAUGGAGGGCCGAGCGUGGCUAGUGUUGCUGCUGUUUCUGAGGCCGCUGCUAGCAAGGCCCAACGACGACCUGUUCGCAGCGAGCGAGAAUGCCUACCGCGACGAUUACCUCGACGACCCGCUGGUCGUCUCGACCACCAGCGGCCUCAUGAGGGGAUUGUCGCGUACGAUACUCGACAAGGAGGUGCACAUCUACUACGGAGUGCCGUUCGCGAAGCCACCGAUCGGCCCGCUGAGAUUCCGCAAACCAGCGCCAAUGGAGCCGUGGCCGGGUAUUUACAAUGCCACUGUCAUGCCCAACAGUUGUAUCCAGGAGCGUUACGAGUACUUUCCGGGCUUCGAAGGGGAGGAGAUGUGGAAUCCUAAUACCAACAUCAGCGAGGACUGUCUCUACAUGAACAUUUGGGUGCCCAAGAAGUUGCGAUUAAGGCACAAAGGUGGCGGCGACUCGGCUGAGAAGAAGAACCAUCACCAGGGCAUGCCAAUUCUCGUGUGGAUCUAUGGCGGUGGAUACAUGACCGGCACCGCGACCUUGGAUGUGUACGACGCGGACAUUAUGGCGGCCAGGAGCAACGCCAUCAUUGCCUCGAUGCAGUACCGCGUAGGAGCUUUUGGCUUCUUGUACUUGAAAGAUUACCUAGAGGCCAAUGACGACGCACCUGGCAACAUGGGAUUGUGGGACCAAGCCAUGGCAUUGAAAUGGCUCAAAGACAAUGCCAAGGUCUUUGGUGGUGACCCUGAACUCAUCACUAUUUUCGGCGAGUCCGCUGGUGGUGGUUCGGUCUCCUUGCAUCUGAUGUCGCCAGUGACUAAAGGACUCGCCCGACGUGGUAUUCUGCAAAGUGGAACCUUGAACGCACCUUGGAGUUACAUGAGCGCAGAGAGAGCUACCGAGGUCGCCAGGAUCCUCGUUGAGGAUUGUGGCUGUAAUUCCACGAUGCUCGAGGACAACCCUAGCAGAGUUAUGUCUUGCAUGAGAUCCGUCGAGGCGCGUACCAUAUCGGUGCAACAGUGGAACAGCUACGGUGGCAUUCUUGGCUUUCCGUCGGCUCCGACCAUCGAUGGUGUUUUCUUGACCAAAGAUCCAAUCGAGCUAUUAAAGGAAAAGAACUUUGACAAGACCGAAAUUAUUAUCGGAAACAACGAGAACGAGGGAACGUACUUCAUACUUUACGACUUUAUCGACUAUUUCGAGAAGGAUAACCCGAGCUCGUUGGAUCGUAGCAAGUUUAUCCAAAUCAUCAAUACGAUAUUCAAGAAUAUGACGAAGAUUGAACGAGAGGCCAUUGCCUUCCAGUACACCGAGUGGGAAAAUACGAAUGACGAAUACAUGUAUCAGCGAAUGGUAGCCGACAUCGUGGCCGACUAUUUCUUUAUUUGCCCGUCCAUACACUUCGCUCAGCUGUUCGCCGAUACGGGCAUGAAGGUCUAUUAUUACUUCUUCACGCAGAAAUCGAGUACCAACAUGUGGGGCGACUGGAUGGGAGUGAUGCACGGCGAUGAGAUUGAGUACGUGUUCGGGCACCCGCUCAACUCAACUUUACGCUACACCGAGCGCGAGCGUGAUCUUGCGCUUAGGAUGAUAUUGGCCUACUCUAAUUUCGCUAUGCAUGGACAACCAAUGGAUGAAAGUGAAUGGCCGCCAUACACGAGAGACAAUCCUAGUUACUUCAUCUUUAAUGCAGAAAAAACUGAGCUGGGAAAAGGCCCUCGGACAACGGCCUGUGCAUUCUGGAACGAAUUUAUGCCGAGGCUGAAAGGAGUGCCAGAUCCGUCACCAGAGGCAUGCAGCGGUGCAGUAGCGUCGAGCGUAUCAGCAGGUGCAUGGGCGUUGCGCUCGGGAGGCUGGCUGACGGCAACGUUACUGCUAGCGUCUCUGGCGCAACUACUGUCCGGCUUGUUCGCCAGUUUCUAAACGACCGAAGAGAUGCAAAGAGAUGGAAAACCCAACGUUAAAGUGCAAAGAAGGCGUGUGGAGAAGACGGCGGCUCAUCGCGCUGGCUCGCGAUUCAUGGACUGCGCUGCGGCCGUACAUAGGAUAUACAGGGAAUAGCCAAGUUGGGUGUGUCCGUCUUGCUGCUGCCGUUAUAUAUUCUCUUCUCCUUACCCCCGACUGAGUGAGCCUUUCUUAACUCCCUUUAAGUUUCACCGAGCCAAAUAACAAUAACUUUUAGCGCUGAGAAAUUUAUCAUGGAUUUCUCUCUCAUUUUUCCAAUAAAUAAAUAAAAUAAUAAACAAAAACAGAACAAUAGAGUGUGCCGUUGCGAGCUGCACACUAUAAAAUACGAAACUACAAGUAAUGGUGAUUCUACAAUAUUAGAUCGCUAUGCGUCUGGGAUAAUGUAGGAUUUAACACAUUCAUUGUCAGGUCAAAUGUUGAAAAUACUAAAAAUAAUUAAUAUGUUCCGAAGUGGAGAUUUAUGUAACGAGAAUUACUCGCAUCUAACAAUAAGUUCCGAAGCCAUUUGAUCGAAUAUUGCCUAGUAGUUUAUUGUGGUGGAAAAUUUUGAUUGAUACGGAGAUGUCGAAUGUGUGCUUGAUGAAUUAUUACUGCCUGCUAUGUAUCAUCGUGCACUCGUUAAUUAUUGUUGAAUAAUAAUUGCUCAUUGAACUUGACAUUCUGGUCGGUACGAAACUGCAUUUGAACUUUCUAAAAAUAUUAUUGGUACAUCCGAAUGUCCUGCAAUACACACGAGACAUCCGAGGGUAUCGUUCAAAAUGCGUAAAAUUAUCGAAAUUAAUUACUCUUAUUUAGCUGAACGUUUAAAUGAAAUACGGUGGUACUGAGCUUCCAAGAGCGAAUCGAAGCAAACGUCAAGAAAUCGAAAAAUUGAACAAAACUUAAAGGGAGCGACGUAAGAUAUUGCUCUUUUCUUGUUUCUCUUUCAAUUCUAGCCUUUCUCUCUCUCUCUCUCUCUCUCUCUCUCUCUCUCUCUCUCUCUCUCUCUCUCUCUCUCUCUCUCUCUCUCUCUCUCUCUCUCUCUCUCUCUCUCUCUCUCUCUCU